UGGUGGUGGUGCUGGUGGUAGUGCUUGUUGUUGCUGCUUCUGCCCGUGGUUGGUGGCGGCAGCGGAUGCGAUUUUCCGCGCAUUUUUCGGGAGCGAUUUUAUUUCGAGGCGGCGCUUCAGCCGCGCAGCCUCCGCGUGGCGGCUCGGCGACAUUUUACUCGCAGGCGGCUCCCCUCCACCACCACCAUCACCACCACCACCACCAUCAUCACCACCACCACCACAGGCAGCCGCUACAUCUCUUCUCCUCUUCAUCAACAUCGUCCACCACCAGCAGCACCACCACUACCACCACCAACAACAACAACAGCAGCAGCAGCAACAACCGCGCUUCUUCCAUCUGCCCCGUCGCCAGCUAGGGCUGACCUCGGUCGCUCGACCAUCAACAACAACCACCAUCAACAACAACCACCAUCAACAACAACCACCACCACCAACAACAACCACCACCGUCUCUUCUGUCGUCGAGCACCAGCAGCGAGGCGGAGUUGACGACGCUGGUGGUGGGAGGAUUGUUGGGGGGGUCGGGGGUGGGGGGUGGGGGGACGACUUCUUCCCGGUCAACAACAACAACAUCACCAACAACAACAUCACCAACAACAACAUCACCAACAACAACAAUCGUCUUUGUUGUGCUCGACCUGAGCGAGUGGAGUAGUUGGGGCGAGUCGUGGUCGUGGACGAGUUCCUCUCGGGGUGCCCUUGGGGGAGAGGGGGGUGCUGGUGGUGGUUGUUGUUGUUGUUGAUAUAGUUGUUGUUUAAAUAGUUGUUUAAAUAGUCGUCGUAGUUGCUGCUGCUGCUGCUGUUGUUUAUAACGCCGCCGCCGCCGCUGCUGCUGCUGCUACCGUCAAUUAUUGAAUCAGUGGACGACUCACUCCAACAACAACCACCACAACAACCACCACAACCAGCACCACCACCACCACGUGUAGCAGUAAGGGGGGUAGCCAUGAACAAGUUGUACAUCGGCAACGUGAGCGAGUCUGCGGCGGCGUGCGACCUGGAGUCGCUCUUCUCGGAGCGGCAGCUGCCGUGGCUGGGCCACUUCGUGCUCAAGGCGGGCGGCUUCGCCUUCGUCGACUGCCCCGACGAGACGGGGGCUCUGAGAGCCAUCGAGACCCUCUCGGGGAAAGUGGAACUCCACGGGAAGGCGCUUGACGUGGACUACUCCGUGGCCAGGAAGCAACGGUGAGCAAGGAGCAAGCUCUCCCCCCCG